AUGUACACUCGUCGUCAAGUUCGUCUGACGUGCUUCCAGUGGAAUAUUAUCUUAAUGACUUGGCUUCUUGGACUUAGCAGAUCUGUUUUCAGCCUUGGAAGUACCCGUUUUAUGAAAGUCGCCCGAGGUCGCAACAGUGAAGGGACUUGUGUAUGGAAAGUAUUUCUCACUCAGGAAGACUCGUCGGCUUACGAGCCUUAUCGAAAGGAACUCUUCCGUAUUCGAGAUGCACUUCUGAAUGCGCCCAAUUGUUGUACAGUGAAAAAGAUCUAUGUAACUCCAAAAUGGGCCGUAUUGAUCCGGCCAUUUCAAAAACAGACCCUCUGUGAUAGGUUGAGUACCAGACCGUUUAUAGUCCAGCAGGAAAAGAUUUGGUACAUUUAUCAGCUGUUCAAAGCUAUUGCACAAUGUCAGAAGGCAAAUGUCUGCCAUGGAGAUUUGAAAUCGCAGAAUGUUCUUCUUUCCUCUUCUAACUGGUUACAAAUCACCGAUUUCGCGCCGUAUAAGCCUACUUACCUUCCUCACGAUAAUCCAUCAUCAUUCACAUUUUUCUUCGAUACUAGUCGCCAUCAGCACUGCUACCUUGCUCCGGAACGGUUUCUUUCGUCUGUAGAUUACGAGAACAUCCACAAGGAAAAAGGAGAUGAAUGGCUCUUUGGCUCACUUCAGUCCUCCAUGGAUCUUUUCGCUGUUGGAUGUGUUGUCUAUGAACUGUUGCACGAGUCCGGAAAGCCUCCAUUUUCCUAUGGAGAGCUUUGUCAUUAUCAAAGAAUGUCCAGCAGUGAUGCGGCGUCAUUUUUGGAGAGAUUACUGCAGGAUAUUGCUCCACAGUUCCGCCCACUGUUGAAGUUAUUAUUGAAUCGCGAUCCGUCUCUUCGUGUUUCUGCACAGCAAGUAUUAGAUGGAUCAGUGCUCCAUUUCCCCAAAGUUCUGGAUGCAUUCUUCAGUUAUCUAAAUGCUUUUCGUCCUAAGGAAAUAACAACAUCACAGUCACUGGAAGGGUUCGAACAGUCACAGAUGACAUUCCAUCUUGAGCCCGAUGACGUCAUUGCCAAGCUCAAACGAGAUGAGAAAUCCAUUUGGGAGCGUCUUACUGAAUGCGAAGAGAACCGUCCUUAUGCCAUCCUUUUCAUAUCGCUCAUCAAAGCAAAUAUUCGUGUGCUGCGAAGUGUACCAGCGAAAAUUGAUGCUAUGAAUUUGCUCGUAAAACUGGCGUCAUUGUGUAGCCCAGUGGUUUCGACAGAGCGAGUAUUGCCAUAUUUGGUUUGCUGCUUAUCCGAGGUCGACGCCCAAGUCCGUGCAUCAGCAGUGUACUCAAUCACGGAACUUCUGCGACCAAUUGAACCAGCAACAUUCGAAGAUUCACUGGUGUUCAUUGAUUACCUGCUCCCAGAACUGUCCUCGAUGUUGACUGAUAAGCGGCAUCCUUGCCCGACCCACGUUCUUCUAGCCGUAGCGACGAACUUAGGUGACAUAGCGGAAACAGCUUACAGGUUCCAUGUAGUUGGACGGAAUUUACGGAACGGCGUUGCGGAUGAUGAAAUUUCAGGCGCAGAAAACAUUUCAGACGACACAAUUCUAAAGCCUAACAAAAAGCCACUCAACUCCCUUUCGCAACGUACCAUGAGGAAAGUUCAAGGUCUACACGAUUUUGAAGAACUGGUGGUCAUAUAUGCGAUACAUUGCAUUAUUGUUCUUGUGGAAACAGGAGUACUGGGAAGGAACGAAAUGCUGGAGCUUUUAGAGGAUACGUUACCGUUUUUAUCACAUCCGAACGAGUGGAUACGAGUAACAGUCGUUGAGCUGUUGAUCGUUCUCGAUUCCCGUUGGUCGCUAGCUGAUGUGCACUGCCGUCUGCUGCCCCUUGUUCGACCUUAUCUGCAAGACUCCUCCCUGCUGCGUCUCAAUAAUAAGCUCGUCGUGCUGACAUGCUUGAAGUCGCCAAUACCUCGGGAUGUGUGGAAGAAAGUGACGGAAAUGAAUCGCGGUUUAAGAGGAAGUGCGAUUACUUGCAACGAUUCGUGGUUCACUCGAGUCUUCGGACGAGAUACUCUUGACUCGGAAUUAUUUGAAAAAUUGGCUCGAUUCAAUCGACUGUUGUUGAAGAUGGCGGAAUUCCGUAGGACUGCGGGGAUGGAAGCUGAACUGACACAACAUAAAGGAAUCAUUGAUCUCUCGUCAAAGCAGCAUGCGAAGGUUCGUCGAAAUGCUCAUAACUACGUGACAAGCAGCAUUUCGCAAACUAAGGUGAUCGCUCCAGCAGAUAUGAAUAGUGAAUGGAAUGAAAUGUUCGGUGAUACUGAACAGAUCAAUGAUGAGAAGUCGUCAGAAGAGCGCAAUGCCGCACACCUGCUCAUGCAGACUAGAUCAAUGCGAACGUCAGUAUGCGGAGCGCAAUUAGCUGAGUUACUACAGCAUAAAAACGAGCUGUUCCACAAAAAACUCGGUUCAGGUGGUCAGAGAAGAAGCUCUAGACCAGGACUCUCUAAUUCCAAGGUCACGGGUACGUUACUGACACAUUUACACGAGCACACGGAUAAAGUUACCCAACUGGCAGCACAACCAGACCGAGCUCGAUUCGCCUCGGCAUCCCUUGAUGGCUACGUGCUGUUGUGGAAUUCGCGAAAUGUUGUCGGAGAUGGCCCCACACCAUCUGUUAGAUCAGAUGCCUCCUUCUUGUAUAACAGAAAUUACCCAAUUCCAUCAAUCGGCUGGGCUAGCAAUGAAAUCAUCGCGGCAGCUAUCGGCGACGGUCAUGUCCUCUGGGUCGACUGUGCAACAAGCGAGCCACGAAUAGUAACAAAGGUUCGAUUACCUAAGCUCGAGGGACCGCCGGAACAGAUCCAUGUGUCCAAUAACGUCACGUAUCUUCGAAGCCAUCAUGGUGCAAUUUACUGUCUUGAUCUAAGCUUCGUGACCUCAUUCGUUGUUGAUCCGAUCAUGGAGAACUGGAUGGUGAUGUGUAGUACGAAUAACGAGCUCAUGCUUUGGGAUCUCAGGUGA